UCCUUCACGAUUUCACAGAAACCUCACAAGAAAUUAAAAUUACAAUAUUAUGGAGAGAGUUAACAAGUUGUGUGUAGCAUUUUUUGUCAUCAGCAUGAUGGUGGCAAUGGCCGCGGCACAGAGCGCUACGAACGUGAGGUCAACAUAUCAUCUGUACAAUCCGCAGAACAUAAACUGGGAUUUGAGAACCGCCAGCGCUUUCUGCGCUACUUGGGAUGCUGACAAGCCUCUCGCCUGGCGCCAGAAGUAUGGCUGGACCGCUUUCUGCGGUCCUGCUGGACCUACCGGCCAAGCUUCCUGCGGUAGAUGCUUGAGGGUGACAAACACAGGAACAGGAACACAAGCAACAGUGAGAAUAGUAGAUCAAUGUAGCAAUCGAGGGCUUGAUUUGGAUGUGAAUGUGUUUAACCAAUUGGACACUAAUGGGUUAGGCUUCCAGCAGGGCCACCUUAUUGUCAACUAUCAAUUUGUCAACUGCAACGACUAAUUAAGCUAAAAAAAAGUGCCAUAUAUUAUCAAUAUAAUUAAUAAACCACGAUCGAGAUUGAUUUUGUACUAAGUACUGUCUUAGGUUAAUAAAAAGAACUGAGUUGGCUUUCAAUACUACUAGUAUAUGGAAGCUCUACAUGUACUUUGUAUACUCUUCACGAUUUAAUGGAAUAAAGCUUAUUGUUAUUACUAUGUA